AUGAAAGCUUUUGUUAGAGGGUUAUUAGCAAGAGCUUAUGAGGAUCCAAGGAAAGUGUGGAAUCAGAAGAAGUGGGAAUGGAAGGAAUCGGCUGGUUUUGGUUGUGUUACUUCGCCAACGCCACCGCCACCACCGCCGGAGAAAGGGUUGGAGAACCUGACGGUGGCGGAUGUGCUGAUGAUCAAGGAUACAGACGGUGGCAAAGUUGAAACGUGGAUCUCAUGCCGUACAAACGACACCGUUUUUGACGCCGUUAAGAAUAUGGCAAAACAUAAUAUUGGAUCGUUGGUAGUGUUAAAACCUGGAGAUCAACAAUGUAUCGCCGGAAUUGUUACAGAGAGAGAUUAUAUGAAAAAGAUCAUCGGGGCGGGAAGAUCAUCAAAGGUUACAAAAGUUGGAGAAGUUAUGACGGAUGAA